ACAAUGUUCUUAGACGUCACAACAAAUCUUGAAACUGAUGAACGACAUCGAUCACGUCGUGUGCGGCCAUGCAGUCCCAAAAUGUCGAUGAGUCAAGGUUCCACUCGCACGGCUGUGUGUACUUAAAGCUUCCUGCCCGAGGCGUCCGGUUUCAAGGCGUCGCAAAUACCUGAAGGACUGGUAGGAGUCGUAAGUAACUCCGCCCCCCUCCCACCUUAGAAGUAAGAAGGAUGUCGCGUUUGAACGUCUUCUGCAAUGCCACUUCAAUAAAUCCGUCUUCAAUACGCUCCCCGUCUUGAGCUGCGUCUUGGCGUUGGAUUCAAGCCACUUAUAACUGAUAAAGACGGAGCAUAAACGGGCACAAACAUCUAGACGUGUGCCCAAACCUGUCAAACAUGGAAUACUGCAGUUAACGACUAAAACGCUAGGCGCGCUCUUGGUAAAUGUGCGCGCGCAUAUGCGGAAGUUUAUGUUUUCGAAAGGAUGGCGGAAAACAAGGUUGUGUUCAAGGGCUGGUUAGAAAAAUGUAAGAACGUUCAGAAUCCGCAGAAAGGCUUCCAACUCAAGCUGAAAGGAUCUGUGUCCUGGAAGAGAGCUUUCUGCAUCUUGCAUCAUUGCCAUGGCAACAGCACAUUGCACUGCUUUGAUGAUGAACCAAAAGAAGACACAAUACCUAAAGGAAGCCUGAGCCUGGGUCCUUACUACUGUGUGUACAAACGUGACGGCCAGGUGAAAGGCAGGACGCAGGUGUUUGAUGUCACCACACCUGCAGCCACCUGGAGACUGGCAGCUGCGGACCAGACUAGCCUGGACCUCUGGGUGCACCAUCUGCAGAUACAGGCUAAGCUGAGGGACGACUUGCCUGGACAGUACUUUACAGUGAGACCGGCAGUGUCUGAGAGUGCAAAGAGAAUCGGUGCUCAGGGGCAGCAGUGUCUGCUACAUGUGUCUCAGUGGGGCAUCACUCUGGCUCAGGAGGUAUCCAGGUGUGUCCUGGCCCAGUGGCCCCUGAAGAGUCUACGGAGCUACGGAGCAGAGGAUGACGGGAGGUUCAGCUUCGAGGCUGGUCGCCAGGCCCCCAUGGGUCAGGGUGUGUACGUGUUCCACACCCACCCGGGUCAGGAGGUGUCCAUCGACGCUCAGGUGGACACGUUUGUACAGCAGCAGGCAAAGAUGGCAGACCAGGAGUGCCCCAGUGUGUUUGCCUACAAUACACCAAUGGGCCAGGGUGUGUACGUGUUCCACACCCACCCGGGUCAGGAGACGUCCAUCGAUGCUCAGGUGGACACGCUUGUUCAGCAGCAGGCCAAGAUGGCGGACCAGGAAAAAGCUGGCAGGUCUCCGACCAAACAGGAAACAGCUGUCAGGAGGAGAGGAAGUUCAGCCCAGGAACCUGACCCUGACAUGUGCUCAGAAUAUGCCACACUCAGGAGGAUGACCUGUCAUAAUACUGCAGUCUCACCUGUGGAUGGCAGGAACCAGUCUAGUCACCUGUCUUUCCCACAAGACACUGGGGCAGGGCUUCUCAUUGGCUCCUCUGUUAGCCAAUCGCAGCAAAGCUCAUCAGCUCAAGACCCAGCAUCUGUUGGCCGGUCCAAUGUUGUCACCAUUCCACCUCCUUCUUCUUCUUCAGACUGUACCAACUCUACAUAUCUUGCCAUGAAGGCAAGUUGGUCUCCAAGAAGCUCCACAACUUCUCAGUCAGUGUCUUCCGAGUACGAGGCCAUGAGCCCGCUCUCUUCUGAUCAUUCUUCACCUUUCCAGUCCCUCCCCUCCCCUCCUGGGAGAAGUGGUAGCUUCCAGGAUGUUUCUGUUUUCCCCAUGUCACCCCUGUCCAAUAAGAGUAACAGCUUCGACGACGUUUCUGUGUUUUCCCCAACGUUAUCACCUAGCGAUAGCAGUAGCAGCUAUACGGCAGGCCAGCUAGCUUCAGACAAUACCACUCAAACAAUGACCACGCACAAAAGGUCGGCCUCCAUGGGUGCAGGAAAACCUGGAGAGAAUCCUUUUUCCUUCCCAACCCAUCCUACAACUUUGUCUCUUUCUUCCACAAAUGCUGAGAGCAGACCAGUACUUCAUAGAUCACACAGUGAGGGGAACAUCCCCCCUCCUUUCACAAACCUUGCCAGCAACUCCCCUCCUAAACUCCCGCCAAAGGGUGUCGCCCUUAUGGGGAGGGCAAUGAUGUCACAGCGGAGUCUUCCACCUAUCCCAGCAUCCCCCCUGGAUGCGAACACCAUGCCUUUCCAUUUCAAUGAGAGACUCAAUUCUUCAGGAAGCCACGAGUAUCAGUCGUUACUAACACCAGAGCAAACACAGAGACUCAAAGAGGCUGAGAGUAGCUACACGGAGGUAACUCAUAGGACAAGGUCAAAUCCUGAAGGACAAGAACAUCUACACACUUCACCUCAUGCUGAACAGUCUGUAAGCACUGUGGGAGCUGAACACACCUUGGAACAAGUUAUGCAGACAAGCACAAAGGUCAAGUCACCAAAGAGCAUUAAAGGACUGGUCUUCACAAGAAAGACCAAAACAUUUGUGAAAAGAUCAAAGUCCUCAGAAGGAACUUGA